UGACCAGGAAGUACUUUACCGGAGCCGUGAAUGUCUCUGCCCUGACUUCACCCUCCAAACUAUGUGGUCUUGUCUAAUCCACAGCGGAGCUCAGACGGUUCUAUGAGUCCCACCAUGAACACAUCCUCAGUGUCUCUGCUCCAGCUCUCCUGGACCGGGUUCAGACUGUAUGCAUCUAAAGGCCAUCGCUCCGGAGCCCUGAGCCUGAUGGCAGCAGCUUCCACCCGUCUUCCACACAUCUCACCCUGUAGACGCUCCUUAUCCAGCAACGUCAAAGUGCGCUCCUACCUGCAGUACAUCAAACGCAAGCUCAUAUCCCCCCCCAGUCCUCCGUACAGCCAUGUGUGUCAGGUAGGGGACCCGGUGCUGCGUUCACAUGCAGCUGCUGUGGACCCUUCAGCUGUAACGGGACCUGAGAUCCAGCGUGUCAUCAAAACUAUGGUGGCAGUAAUGAGGAAGCUUGAGUGCGUGGGACUGAGUGCGCCUCAAAUUGGCGUGCCACUCCGGGUCCUGGCUCUGGAAUAUCCCCAAAAAAUGUUUGAAGAGAGCUCGCCUGCCACGAGGGAGGUCCGCGGUCUCUCCGUCCAGCCCCUAAGGAUCUUUGUGAACCCACAGCUGAGGGUGCUGGAUGGUCGGACGGUGCUGUUUCAGGAGGCCUGUGAGAGCAUCUCGGGCUUCUCUGCCACAGUUCCCCGCUACCUGUCUGUGGAAGUGUCUGGUCUCAAUGAAAAUGGUGAAGCUGUAACAUGGCAGGCUAGUGGCUGGUCGGCCCGGAUCGUCCAGCACGAGAUGGACCACCUGGACGGCGUCCUCUACAUCGACCGCAUGGACACAAAGACCUUCAUUAAUAUCAACUGGCAGGCACACAACGAAUAGAGACUGAACACCUGCUCAGGGCAGACUGACUAACUGGCGAUGCACAUAUGAACGUGUCUUCUGGUUUCUGUGGACCACAGAUCUGUACUUUGACAAUAAAUGCUGAAAGGAUGCAGAAUGGAUCUUUAAAUGUUGUUACCUUCCUUCUUCAUAGUGAAGAAAAAAUACGAUUGGGCAUGACUCAGUUAAAAGGCUCUAACAGCUGGAACACCAAAACACUGAUGUGGGCUAAAAUAUUGCUACCUUAUAAAGCGUGGAAACUGGUUUUCAACACAUAAGCAAUUAUUUGUGUCAUUAAAAUGUUAAUUAUAGAAGUUAUGAAAGCUGUUUUUUUUGUCUACAGGAUACCUGAGGGGGUGUGGUAUGAAGCAAGAUGAAUGACUUAGCCAGCUUUGUCAAGCUUAAAGAGUUUUCUGUGUCACAAAAUUGGCUCGCUUCUCAAACUGCUAAACCACCGUGGUUAUGAUGAACACAUAACCUGAGUUUCAGUUUAAAAU